AUGGAAGAAUAUUUUUGGAGGGAAAAAUCUAGAGUUAAAUGGCACUCUCAAGGGGAUAGGAAUACCAAAUUCUUCCACACUUAUGCUAGGAUUAGAAGGAAAACUAAUACCAUUAAUUCUUUAGUCAUUGAUGAUAGUGUGAUAUCUAAUCAAAGUUUGCUUGAAAACCAUAUUGUGGAACACUUCACUAAUCUUUUUAAUCAGAAUUAUGUUUUGCAGGAGAAUGGUCUCAUCAGGAAGGUGAUCCCUAAGCUUGUUAAUGAUCCUAUUAAUGAUAUGCUAACCAUGAUUCCUAGUGAAGAAGAGAUUCACAAGGCUGUUCUCAACCUCAAUGUUGAUUCUUCCCCUUGGCCUGAUGGUUUUGGGGGCAUAUUCUUUCACAAGUAUUUGAGCAUAAUAAAAAAUGAUAUUGUUGCUGCUGUUAUCCAGUUCUUUACUCAGGGGUGGAUGCUGCCUAAUUAUAAUGCCAACACUCUCAUUCUCAUUCCAAAGAGCAAUGAUGCCAGCAACAUUGAUAGACUUGCUUCCAUUCUCCCUAUUUUGAUCUCCAAGGAGCAAAAAGGUUUUGUGGCUGGCAGGAAUAUCAGGGAUGGGGUCUGCAUCACUUCUGAAGCAAUCAACAUUCUUCAAAAUAAAAGUUUUAGUGGCAAUGCUGCUUUGAAAAUUGACAUUGCCAAAGCCUUUGAUACCCUUAAUUGGGAUUUCCUUAUUGCUACUCUUGAUAGUUUUG